GCUUCGUUCAUACCUACUUAAUUCUCUCAUUCAUUCACUGGUCUGUUUUAGUAUUCAUCAUACCUGUGUCGGAGCGGUGGCAAGUGAGAGUGAAGUAAAUUUAAGCUUGAAGCGAUUUUUUUGUUUUGGUCAAUUUACUCGAUAUAUUACUUCUGAUAUCAUCACAACUUAACUGUGAAGGUAAGAAAAUAAGAUGACAAAUUUAAGCGCUUUCGUAUUGGGAGCAUCUGGAACGGCAGGCAAAUCAAUAGUCAAAGCCUUAGUGGACCAUCCAAAAUUCGACAAAAUAACACUAAUCGGUCGCCGUGCAUUAGACUUAUCGAACAUUGCCCAUCAGCCCGGAUAUUCGAAAAUUCAACAAAAAACCAUCGACUUUGACAAUGUCGAAAAAUACGCCGAUGACUUCCACGGAUAUGAUGUGGGAUUCUGUGCACUGGGAACAUCCAGUGUUGGCGUCAACAAGGAACAAUAUUACCGUAUCACACACGAUUAUGUGAUCAAUACUGCUAAGUUGGCCCAUUCUGGAGGUUGCAAACAGUUUCACUUCAUUUCCGGCCGAAGUACUAGCAAAGAUUCGUGGUACUCAUGGGCAAGAACGAAGGCAGAAGUCGAAGAGAAACUUAUGGCUAUGGGAUUUGAACGUGUUUCCAUAUACCGACCAGGUGGUAUAAUUAAAGACCGAACGGAAAUUACUAGCACCGGUGAAUCGAUUGGUAUUUAUGCGUUCAAUAUAUUGGAUCCUUUCCGGUGUAUUAGUGUUGAUACCGUAGUAUUGGGAAAAGUUAUGGUGGAAAGCUCAUUUCGUGCUAUUGAAUCGAACGAAAUAUUGGAGAAUGCGGAUAUUCUGCGGCUGUGGAAGGAAGGAAAUAAAAAAUGAGUUUUUUGGUGGGCUAAAAAACCAGUAUACAUCUGGCAUUACUUCAUGUACAAGUCGUGUGUUAUUAUGUUUGUAUUUUCGUACGUAGCACUAAUAUCCCUCAUGUCUACAAUUAUUUGUUAUACCAAAAAAAAACCAAUACAAAAAGUGA